CCUUUAACCCAUUUUAACAAUGCACUAUCCUAUGAAAAUACUCUUGUUGUGUUUGUUGAUACCGUUCGUUGUGACGGAAAAUCUAGACCAGUUCUACGAAUAUGUGACCGCAAGAAUAGCAGAGAUACAGGCGUACAAAGUUCCAACAAAUAAUGAAAGAUUAUUUCGAAUUAAUAAUUCGACUGUGUACGAUUUCGGAUAUUACGACUUCAUAAUUGUUGGAGCUGGAGCUGCCGGCUCUGUCUUAGCCAAUAGGCUCUCAGAAGUGCCAUCAUGGAAAGUUUUGCUGUUGGAAGCUGGAGGAGGAACAGACGCCUUUAGUGAUGUUCCAAUGUUUAGCGGUGCCUUACAACAGACUGAUAUGAACUGGGGGUAUUUGACAACACCACAAACAACAUGUUGUCUAGGUAUGAACAACAACCAAUGUGUUUUUCCUCGAGGAAAGGUCAUUGGAGGAUCCACCACAAUUAAUGGAGGAAUCUAUUCUAGAGGUAGUUCCUCUGACUAUGACAAUUGGGCAGCACUGGGAAAUGUGGGUUGGAAUUACAAAAAAAUUCUUCAAUAUUUCAAAAAGUCAGAGUAUGUUGCAUUUAAGCCAUAUGAUUUAGGUUAUCACGGAACCCGAGGAGAACUAUAUGUAAACCAUACUUCACCACCAUCAGUUAUAGCACAAAACUACAUCGACGCUAAUAAAGAAAAAAAAUUAAAAGAAAUUGAUUAUAAUGGAAAAGAACAGCUUGGAGUGUCCAGGAUCCAAUUCAAUCAAAGAGAUCAUAAGCAUCAAAAUGCUGAACACGCUUUUCUGGACCACAUAAAAUCUAGACCAAAUUUAAAAAUUGUGCUGAAUGCGGCAGUAAAUAAAAUUAUCUUAGAUUGCGACAAAGCAAAAGGUGUUACUUUUGUAUUAAAAGGAACCACAUAUAGAGCUAAAGCAAAGAAAGAAGUAAUCCUAUCAGCAGGUGCUAUAAAUAGUCCACAAUUAUUAAUGUUAUCUGGAGUUGGGCCUCAAGAUGAUUUAAAAAAACUAAACAUUUCAGUUGUUAAAAAUUUGCCAGCUGUGGGAAAAAAUCUACAAGACCAUCCAAUUUUUAGUAAUAUGUAUUUUAGAACUAAUCUCACGUUUCAAAUUCCUUCUCUUAAAGACAAUUUAGCCCGAUAUUUAGAAGGCAAAACACCGUUCACUAAUGGCAAUGGCAUAGAAAAUCUUGCGUUUAUUAAUUCAAAUCUUAUCACCUCUGGUGAAGUUGAUUUAGAGUAUAUAAGUUUUUCUGCUCCUUUAGGAUUAGGGCCUCAAGUAGGCUGGGCUAAUUAUAGAGAUGAGAUCAGUCAAGUAUACACUAAUUAUAAUGCUUCAACUGAUCUGGCAAUAAUGGUUGCGUUAAUGAAAUCAAAGUCUAGAGGAAAAGUAUCAUUAAAAUCAAACAGUAUUAUAGACUUCCCUCUUAUAGACAUUAAUUACUAUUCUGAUCCAAAUGGAGAAGAUCUAGAUACGAUGUACAAGGGAAUUAAAUACCUUUUAAACCUUGCAGAUACCAAAGCAUUCAAAAGUAUUAAUGCUACUUUUAUAAGUAUUCAGCCACUUUGUGAACAUCUCAGAAAUAACGACAGAGAGUAUUGGUAUUGUGCUUUAAGGCAUAUGACGAAUACUGAAUAUCAUCCCGCAGGAACCACCAAAAUGGGUCUUUCAGAAUCAAGUUCUGUGGUAGAUACAAAUUGUGUUGUACACGGCUACAAAAAUUUAAGGGUAGUUGAUGCAGGAGUUAUGCCGGAGAUUACCAGAGGACAUCUAAUGGCGACAGUUUACAUGAUUGCUGAAAGAAUUUCAGAUGUAAUUAAGAAUCAUUAUUAUGACCAUUAUAAGUGAAUGUACCUUUAAACAGUAUUAUUUAUGAUUUAGUCCAGGAACCGAAGCAUUUCACCUCGCAAUUUUUACAGAAUGGAUCGAUUUGCUUGAAAAUUUGAGAAUAAGUAGUGGAUAGUUCAAGGAUCAAAAUCUAUAUGAUGCCGAAAGGCGCUUUUACCAUGGGGUCGGUUGCCACCCCAUCUUAAAGGUGGAAAUUUUUUAUUAUAUUUUGACAGCAAAAGUUGAUAAAAACAUUCAUUCUAAGCAAAAAAUGUUCUAUACAUUUUUUUGAUAAAAUUAAUACUUUUCGAUUUAUUCGCUAUCGAAAUUGUUAGUUUUAUAUAGAAAAAAUCAAUGUUUUUCGAUAUAUACUCAUUUACCAAUCACUCAAUUUUUGCCGUAAAAAAAUUUUUUUCAAACCAUGUUCUUGGGAAUUAAAUAACCUACAAUUUCAUAUCAAAACAUUUUUUCAUAUAUCUGAUGCUAAUCUUUUUAUUUUGAAGAAACUGGCAUUUUUUACCAAAUUACAGAAAGUCGUUAUUCGCUUUUAACUCUAUUUUUUUAAAAACUAAUCAUUCUAAGCCAGUCAAACUUUUAAAAUCUAUUAAAAAUACAUAAAUAAAGAAGAAUUAAUAAGGCCAAUGAGCAAAAGCAAAACUAACUUCUAUUAUUAUGCUUCCAAUUAAAUUUCCUUUUUUUUUUGUUUUGAAAAAAAUGUAUUGAUUUUUUAACCGUAACCUUUUUAAUUUUUAUCUUAGAAAGUUUGUUAAACAACAAUUUGGUAGGUUUUUACAAGAUGUAUAAGACUGUUAAUAUCAAAUCCUUUUAGAAUCCUCAGUCGCAAAAAGUGGUGACUUUGGAAGGGUUGGUAAAGGUGAUUUUUGCAUGUUAUUACAAGUUUUAAUUGUCAAUAGCUCACUCAAUUUUUACCGUAGAGAAAAUUUUUGCAAACUAAAUUCUUGGGAAUUAAAUAAGCUACAAUUUUUGUAUUAAAUAUUUUUUUGUAUCUCUGAUGAUAAUCUUUCUAUUCUGAAGAAAAGGGAAUUUUUUACCAAACUUUAAAAAUUCGAUAUUUGCUUUUGACUCCAUUUUUUUUAAAACUAAUCAUUCUAAACCAGUUAAACUUCUAGAACCUAUUAAUAAUAUAUAAGUAAAGAAGAUGAAAUAAGGUCAAUGACUAAUUUUAAUCAGGGUGGUGAUUAUGGGUUUGCUUUCGAUCACUUUUUCGCUGAAAAAUAUAGGGUCUGACAUUCUUUUCAUUAUAAGCCACCUAAUUUUUGAGCUAAAGACUUUUUUUUAUUUUUGAAGAUAGAUAUUUUUAAAUACUUUAAAUUAGAUUAAACAAGUGAUCCUCGAAAAAUGCAUAGUUUUCCCGUCUUUUGACUUUGAAACUACAGUAUUUAGCAUUUGCUGAAGAAGACCUAACAUAUAAUAAAGUAUAGCUCGAUUACUAUUGGUCUUAAAGAAAAUUUAAAAACACGGUUUUGUUCAUUUUUUCAAAAGGUACAUUUUUUUAAGCAAAGUGGUUUUGAUAAAACAAAAACUUUUUGAGUUAUUUUCAGAAAACUGAUUAAAAACAUUAAUUUUUUUAAUAUAAAACUAACACUUUCGAUAGCGAAUAAAUAGAAAACUAUUAAUUUUAUCAAAAAAAUGUAUAGAACAUUUUUUGCUUAGAAUGAAUGUUUUUACCAACUUUUGCGGUCUAAAUAUAAUAAAAAAUUUUCACCCCUGACAUGGGGUGGCAACCACCCCCAUGGUAAAAGCGCCUUUUGGCAUCAUAUAGAUUUUGAUCCUUGGACUAUCCACUACUUAUUCUCAAAUUUUUAAGCAAAUCGAUCCAUUCUGUAAAAAUUGCGAGGUUUUGUCCUAUUUUAAGCUUCAUUACUUGGACUAAUUAAGUAUACCUUAAAUGUAAAAUAUUAAAUAAAGCUAGAAAGUUAAAACAAA